CGGCAACCAGGGGCUGCGGAAGUGCCACACACUCGCGACCUCGAGUCCUUUUCGCGCACAACGUGCAGUGAAGCAAACCGGAGGUGGGUGUAGCCAAAGUGAACCGAGAUAAAACCGAAAGCAGCAGCUGAGCCAUAAAAACACUACCAGCAAUGUUGCUCUUGUCCGCUUAGCGCAAAUAUUUCAUUGACGGCCAGCCAGCAGAAGCAAAAGUAAAAGUAUAAGUUUAAGCCAGCAUAAAACAAAAUAUAAUAGCGGCAGCAGCGAAUGGCGCACUAUGCUGCUCCAGUCGACAACGACGGCGGCAGCAGCAGCAGCAACAGCAGCAACAGCAGCAGCAGCAGCAGCAACAGCAGCAACAUCAGCACUUAAAUGCAGCAAGAAGAAAAAUCAGCUGAAAACUGGCAAAUAAAACUCAACGACAGGCAAAAACUAUUAAAUCUCGCUGGAUGCCUGCGGCAAUAGUUAUUGUUAAACAACACAAGGAGCAGCACCAACAGCACCAACAGCACCGACAGGACCAACAGGACCAAAAGGACCCACGGGCGGCGAAACAAAUUUGCAAUAUAAAUUUAUGCGGAUUUUUGCGUCGCAGCGGCGCCGACGACGUCGACGUCAUCGAACCGCGUAGCCCAGGCCAUGCUGCUGACGUCGGCGUCGCAGCAGCAGCAGCAGCAACAACAGUGGCAGCAACAGCAGCAGCAACAUCAGUGGCAGCAACAGCAGCAGCAGCAACAACAAGGGCAGCGGCGACGACGCGAGCAGUUAUUAUAAUAAUGGCGUUAGUUGUUAGCAUAAUGCAGCAGCAACAACAAUCGCUACUCUGGCCAUUCUGUAACGGACUCGCUGCGGCGGCCGCCUCCACUGGACAUCCGGAUGACUCCGGUGAUGGGCCAACGCUGUCGACAUUCCUGUCAUCAUCGCAGUCGCAGUCGCCGUCGCCCCCAGCAGCAUCAGCUUCAGCAUCAUCCCCAUCCAGUUUCUCAUCGUUUGCGGUGGCGCACGGGCCACAAACGGAAGCCACGAAUCACACUUUCAAGAGUUUAGCCUUCCUGGACGCGUCCUUUGGCUCCGAUCUGUUUGCGCAGACGGACGCGGAGAGGGAGCGGAGUGGCGGAGCGGAUGAGGAGUCGCAGGAUGCGUACACUUCGCAGUCGAUGCCAAUUUUCGACUUUGGCAUGCCGCGCAACAUCACCGGACGCACUGGCCACACGGAGGCCAUAAUUAAAUGCCGCGUGGACAGUCUGCAUGAUAAAUCGGUAUCCUGGAUACGGAAACGUGAUCUGCAUAUCCUGACUGUAGGAACUGCCACCUACACCUCGGACAAGCGCUUCCAGGUGACUGAAUCGAAGGACUCCCGGGAGUGGACGCUGCAUGUGAAGGCGCCGCUGGCCAAGGACAGCGGCAUCUACGAGUGCCAGGUGAACACGGAGCCCAAGAUGUCCAUGGCCUUCCAGCUGAACAUCAUCGAAAUCUCCCCGGAUGCCAAGGCGGUUAUCAGUGGGCCACCCGAUCUGCACUUCAAGGCGGGCAGCGCCAUAAUCCUCAACUGCCUGGUGCAGCAGCCGUCGGUGAAGGACAUUGGGCCGAUUUACUGGUAUCGCGGCGAGCACAUGAUCACCCCCUUCGAUGCGGAUGAUGGACAUCCGGAGGUUCCGGCCGGCAGGGGCGAACAUCCCCAAGGGAUCCCCGAGGACACGUCCCCGAAUGACAUAAUGAGCGAGGUGGACCUGCAGAUGGAGUUCGCCACACGCAUCGCCAUGGAAUCGCAGCUGGGCGAUACCCUCAAGUCCAGGCUCCGCAUCUCGAAUGCCCAGACCACGGACACCGGCAACUACACGUGUCAGCCAACGACGGCCAGCAGCGCCAGUGUCCUGGUCCAUGUGAUUAAUGAUGAGAACCCCGCUGCGAUGCAGAAGAGCGGGGCGUGUCCUUGCGCCCCCGGUCCGCUCCAGCUGCUCCUCCAUCUGCUGCUGCUGCCGGAGUUGUUGUUGCUGCGAGCGGGACUGGCUGCUGGCAACUGAAAGCGCAAGUUGUUAGCACUCUAAUUGCAGCUGAACGAGGAAAUUAUGUUCCAUGACGUCGGAAUUUUUACUCUGUGUGCUGUGCUGUGCUGUUUUUUUUAGGAUUCUGCAGGGGGAGGGAGGCUGGAAGGGAAGGAGGAAAAUGGAAAAAACAAACAAGGCGGGAGGCGCUUUCCCUUUCAGGCGAAUCUUUGUUUUCCUUUUAAUAUUUACAUUUCAUUGUGCAAAAUGAGACACUGAGCCGGGCACGAGAAUGCAAAAUGCAGAAUGUGAAAUGCACGGGCCGGAGGAGGGACAAGGCACAUGGCACAAAGGACAAAGGAAGGACGCAGGACACGGGACACAGGACCAGAAGGACGACACUCUCUGUAAAUACCACAAAGAUGCGGCCCCGCUCACAGAUAUAGUUACAGAUACAAAAGUGUGUAUUUUAUUUCAUUACUGCCGCUCCUUUACGAAGGAGCCGCACACGCAUCGACUUUAUAAACAUUUCAUGCUGUCUCAACAGAAGCAAAGCUAACCGAAAAAAGGAAGAUAUGAUAAGAGAGGAGCCACGCCCCCACUCACCCACACACAAGUAACACCCACACACCCACACAAGUAACACACACUAUCCCGAAAAGAAAGAUUGUAAUAUAUAUGAACAAAAACUCUCAUCUGAUCAACUAAAAGCAAAAACUUAAUUAUAAACACUAA